AUGAAGAUCUACUACUACGACUCCCUCCCCGGCGACCAACGUCUCCACCACGAGUCAUCGGACCCUCUUCCCGAAUCUCUCCUUGAUGACCUCGCUAUCAUCGCCGGUUUCUAUACAUCCGGCGAGCAAGUCGAUACCAUCGCUAAGGAGCGAAACUACAGGAACCGCGACAUCAUCACCGUUUCACCAGAAGCAAUGGGUGAAGUCUACGAGUCCAAGGUCAAGAUGUUCUUCGCUGAGCAUCUCCACGAAGAUGAAGAGAUUCGUUAUAUCUUGGAUGGAAGCGGUUACUUUGAUGUCAGGAGCGGGAAGCCUGGUGCUGAAGAUGAGAGAUGGGUUCGUGUGGCUAUGGAAGCUGGGGAUUUCAUCGUCUUGCCAGCUGGAAUCUAUCAUCGCUUCACCACCGAUGAGAAGAAUUAUAUUAAGGCAAUGAGGUUGUUCAAGGACGAGCCAAAAUGGACCGCCCUCAAUCGCAGUGCUGAGGUUGACGAGAACCCUUACAGGCAGGAGUAUGUCAGCACUCUGUUGAAAGCCUAG